UCUGUCUUCGGUCAUCCAGCUGUGCCACUGACAUUUCCUUGUUGUAAAUAUUCUUCUACGACGAACCGCUGAAUCACAACAAGACUUCCUCGUCGUCGCAGUACAUGUCGGGAACGAACGUCCUACCAGUUCUUUCGCUGUCCGACAUAGACCAGGCCGCACAACUGAUUCUGCAAGCGUAUUCACCCGCGAAUGGACAAGUAUCUGCGGAUCAUCAGCGACGCUUGCAGCAGGAGAUCUUGGAGAUCCAGAGGAGACCUGAGGCUUGGGGACUAGUCGUGCCGUUCCUGGAGCACCAGGAUCCGAAUAUCCAGUUCUUUGGGGCUCAUACGAUUCAAGUGAAGAUUGCUAGGGACUGGGACCAGUUUCCCCAAGAUCGUUCACUGGAAUUGAGAGAUACCGUGCUAGGCUUAACAACGCAUGCGAUCAGCACACGGCGGAAUAAGGUUAUCUUGCGUAAGCUAUAUGUAUCACUCACGGCUCUUGCUCUGAAGCUGGUUCCCAACCAGCCUGACUACUGGCCCUCAUGGAUUAUAUCAACUGUGACCUACCUCUUAGAGCGGGGCGCGACCAUGGAACACAUCCUCGACUUCCUCGCGAUCGUCGCGGAGGAGGUUGAGACGGCUGAUCUGCUACAGCCCACCAGACUUCAGAUGCGCCAGACAUUACUGGAUUCCGUAAGUAUGGUCGUCCAGGGUAUCACCACCUCCGUGCAGAAACCCUCCAAUCAAAGAACGCCGGGCGAACUGCAGUCUGCUCUCAAAUGUCUGGAGGCGUGGAUGUCGACUCUUCCGGGGAGUGACCUGACGUCGCUCAUCCCGGUCCUUAUUAAUGUCCUCACACCCCAGCAACCAUCCGCUGAGUUUGACGAGGAUGUGUUCGUGCCCGCCUCGGACGCUUUGCAGGCCGUCAUGUCCGAGUCCGCGCUCUCUGAUGGGUCGGGGAGUAAGACUCUGACCGAGCCACUCCUAGUGUGGAUACAUACGUGGGGUGGACGGAUCGUCGAGGCGACUCUGAGUUCGGGCUUCGCAGAUGCGGUGUCCCAUUCGUUCUGCAAACUCUUAGCAGCGUUGGGCGACCACUCCACCUCGUACCUCGCAGCCCAUUUGGCAUCCAGCACCCAGCCGUCCCCCAUUUCCGCGGCGUACGCCCCGGGCGCGCUUCCCACGAAGUCGCAACUCAUCCAGAAUUUCCUGCGCCUGCUGCUCGCGUAUACGGCGCUGCCGGGAUAUUACGGUGUGGAUGAGGAAGAGAGUGAGAUGACGCUCGGGUUCUGGUACCUCUUCCAAGAGGCUCUGUGGAGCGUAGAAUAUCAGUUCGGGUUUGACGAGGAGGAAGGGCAGGAGGGCGUAGACGAGUCGGACCGGCGGGAGAAGGACCAGUGGACGAUUGCGAAGGCUGUUUAUGGGGAACUAGUCAGUGUGCUUGAGAGGAAGGUGCGGUGGCCGCCCAGGGAGGUAUUGACCAGUUGGACGAGAGACCAGAAAGACAAGUUUCAGGUUUAUCGACGAGACGUUGGCGAUACUCUGAUCAAUGCCUACUAUAUCCUUCGAAACGACAUGUUGGCCUUCUACGUCAAUGGCAUUGUCGAGCGGCUUAAUUCCAGGCAAGAGACCGAUGGUUGGGAAGACAUUGAAGCAACAUUACAUUGCAUAAUGUCUAUCCAAGAGGCUGUCCCGGUCGAAGAUAAUCCGCAUCUGAGACGUUUAUUUGGCCCAGAGAUUCUGGGCCGUCUACCGACGACCGGGCGAUACCGCGUGCGGAGGACUAUGUUAAGCUUGAUAGGAACGUAUGCUUCAUGGUUCACCACUCAGCCUAAUGUACACCCAGGUGCUGCCGGAACAUCAUUGCUCAUGACAGCUGUGUCGUACGUCGGUAAUGCUUUGCCGGAGCCAUCGUUGUGCCUACAAGCGGCGAACGCAUUGCGAGAUCUGUGCGAUGCGAACCGGGCAGCUCUGGCGCCGCACAUUGCUGCGUUCGGCCAACUGCAUGCUGGGUUGACUGGCAUUCCGGAUACGGAGAAGGCGAAGGUUCUACAGUCGAUUGCUAGUGUGAUACAAGCGUUACCGCCGGAAGAGGAGAUUCCACCGGUCGAGACGAUUGUUAGUCCAGUAGUGGCUAAAUUGAUGGAGGCUCUCCGUUCUUCCACACAACUACCGGACGAUGCGCGGGCUCUUGCCAUUCAGCAACUGCAAACCCUGUCCGGUGUCGCGAAAGGGCUCACCCGAACUUCUGACGGUCUUGUUGCCCUGGACGAGGAGGCCGAGGAGAGGGAAGUCCUUGAACGCAUGAACCGUGCUCGCGCAGACCCUCGCAUGGUCAAACUCCGAGAAGAGUUGCUAAACGCGAUCCAAGGUACAGUAGAGUUGAUGUCCACGGAUGCAGGUGUUAGCGACGCGUUGAGCGAUUUGUUUAAAUCCAUAACAUCACUGCCUGCGGACGCGACGCUCAUUUCUCUGCCUCCUGGACCGUUGCUGGAGCUCGUCUGCGUUGCAUCCCAACGGCAGCUUACGGCAGUGUGGUUGUCUCUCGCAAGCAUGCUAUUUCCACAGUUGGACCCCCCACCGCCUAUUGCUACUUCGCUCGUAUCAACACCCAGUCCCGAGAACUGGGCGAUCGUGAUGAGCGUCCUCCCUGCGCUGAUACAGAUUUCGCUCACAUUCCUGGGCCAGCCAGGCGCAAUGGACGCGAACCCUGACAUAGUGCAAGCGUUCUUCUCUUGCAUGGAUGCGGUCGCGCGAAUAUUCACCAAAGCGUUCUAUCAGCUACCGGAUGGCUUAUUCAACGCCUUAAUGGACUGUGCGAGGUCUGCGCUUACAUUGCAAGAACGCUACUCGCUCGUCUCCUCCUGUACUUUCCUGAAUACGCUAAUCAAUCGUACAACCCGGAGUGAUGAUCUCGAAGAAGCUAAAGCCUUGCUGGCAAAUAGAUAUGGUAAAGCCAUCAUGCAAGCCAUAUUGUCCGGCUUCGCGGGCGUUGCCCCCAGAUCAGCGUCCCCCAACCUCAUCGAUUUGUUAUCCAUACUUCUGUCACGGUAUCCAGCAGAAAGUCGAGGAUGGAUAGGCGAAAUCCUAUUCACCGAAGAUUUCACGCCGUCCAAGGCUAGCAAGGAAGCGAAAGAGAAACUCUUUGAGGCGCUCACUAGUUCCCGGUCUCUCAAAAGGACACGGGAGGCUGCGCAAGAAUUUGUCCUGGUUGCCAGAGGCCUAGAAAAUUCUAGUUUCGGGUAUACUUCCGUCGUUGUGUAGAGCGCCACGUAUAUAAUACAUCAAGGAAAUCUUAAUUGGGAGAAGAGACAAAGACCCG